AUGACAAAGCAAAAGAGAAGUGAUACUGUAAAGACUAAUGAACAUGAAGAAGAGGAUGAGAACGAGUUCUGUCUUUAUUACUCACCAAACCAGCAGCACCGUGGAGAAGGGAGUGACGGAAGUGCUGACAAGUUAGAAAGGGAGACAAGUGGACUGGCUGGGCAUACUAAUGAUGUUGAGAGGGUGGGAGAGGAAGUAGACACUACCGAGUUUUCACAGGAAGAAUGCCCUGGUGAAGAUGAUGAAGGAGAGCUGAUUCAAAUUGAAGACUCUUUAGGGAUGGAAUACUGUGAGGAAGAACGUUUUGAAGUUGAGAGCACAGCAGAGAACAAGCACUAUGGAACAUCAGAAGUCAGUACAGAUCAACACCUACAACAGGAAGUGUUAAAUAAAAAAAUUAAUCUAUUUCACAGACUUCAUCUUAAAGGCAGACAUCACAAUAAACUGACAGCUGCAGAUGUUCUUCAGUUAGCACAUUCAUUACAGUCCCAUGAGUAUUGUGCUGAAAAAGAGCUGAUUCAGACUUUCAUACAAAAACUACUGAUGAUGAACUACAGAGCAAGAUACCUCAAAACUAAGGAGAACAAUGAGGAAGUUCACAAUGAUCAAGCCAGCUAUGAUUCAUUUAAACAAGGGGCUGAUUCUGAUGAUUUUUUUUUCAAUUUAGGGUCAGUGUCUAAUGAAGAAACAGGCCCAUCUGAGAAAAUCCACCCGAUGGAUGUUCAGAUGGCCGUGUUUCAUUGUGCUGAUGGUUUCCUGAAGCAGCUGAUGGUCACUAAACUGUCCCAGUGUCAGUACGCUCUGCCUCUGCUUGUUCCUGAUCCAUUCACACAACAGAUUGAGUUUCCUCUCUGGACAUUCAGACAAAUCAACAAGAGCUGGAAGAUGAGAAACACCAACAAUGAAGCCAUCAGUCAAACCGAGCCAAUCUACAAGGCAGAAACUCCAAUGGUGUGUUUCUUCAGGUUUGGCUCUGUGUCUUCAUCUAAGUCUCAGCUAAUGAACAGUCUGAUCAAUGAGAAACACAACACGUAUUUCCACAGGAACUGCCCAGGCAGCAGCAGAACCAGAGUCCUGAUGGAUGGAGUGGUGGAGAUCACCUGGUUCUGCCCCUCUGGAUCAUAUGAUGAUAAAUUCACUGAGUGUGUAGCGUUCUGUAAUCUACACGGUGAUGCAGGAGACCAUGAGAAACAGCUGCAGAUCCUCACUGAAAUGAGCUCAGUCAAUGUUGUCCUUCUACCACAACUUCAGAAGAAUGACAGAAGCAUGACAAAACUUGAAGAACUCUAUAAGGGCUCAAAGCCACUCAUUUGUCUUUUUACUGAGGAUAAAUCUGCUGUAACUUUGUUGAAGAAAAAAUAUAAGAUUGGUCUGAAAGACAGAAAUCAGUCAGAAGUAUCUGGUGAACUCAGAAGAGCUAUAAAAGAUUGUCUCUCAGAAUCAUCUUCCACUUUCAGACUUAAAGAUGUGUCGAAACACUCAGACAUCAGAGUAGAUGAGGAAGAUGAUGAUGACUGCAAGAGAGGAAGAGAAGCAGCACAGCAGAUGAUGAGUUUACUGGAGAAGAAAGAUCUGAGAGAAAUCAAAGAAUCGUUUCUGCCUCAUCAGGGGAAACUGUGGCAUCAGUGGAGUCAGACGAACAAAGAACUACAUCGACCUAAAGGAGAUGAGAUAGAAAUGGACAUCAGCAGAAAACAAAAAGAGAUGAAGAAUAUCCGUGAAAUGCAGCAUAAAACUGAUAUCAGUGAGUUUAUAAAGUUCUUCAUUAAAGAAAUUACCUCAGAUACUGGACAUACGAUGUUUUUCAUUAAAUGGCUCGGAAUACUCCUGGAUGAAUAUACAUCUGCUGACUUGUUUGUUCUUCAUCACAAAUAUUAUGAAACAUGGUCAACGGUUUUAAAACUGAAAGAGAAACAUGAACCAGAAGAGCUGACAGUUAAACAAUCAGAACUUGAGAGAAUAUCUGAGGAUCUUCAAGCUGCAGCCCUUGGUUUGGAGCACAUCAUGAGGGAGAUCGGUCAGAUCUAUGAAUCAUGUUCAUCUGUUAAUGAGAACAAGAAAGACCUGCAGAUUCACUUCUCUUCUCUCCCGAGUCUUGCAGCAGAGAUGAUGGGACGAGAUGAACUGGCUGGAAGAUCAACAAGACAUCAUGACAAUGAAUUGGCCACAUUUGUUGUUGGUCUUGCAAAUCUGACCUUGAUCAACAUCUUUGGAGAAAACCAAGCUGAGAUGCAGGAGAUUCUUCAGAUUGUUGUUCAGGCCUUCAUGAGGAUGAAGAAGAAAUCAAACAAGAUGAACAACGACCAACACAUACAUUUCAAGGAAGCAAUAUAUGUUGAGAAGAGAGAAGAGUACUAUAGUAUUUUCCAGAAAUACUGUCAUGGAGCAACAUCAGUUGCCAUUUUUGGUGAGAUCAUCUGUCAAAAACUGAAAGAGCCCUUUGAGCAGAGUGUGUACAAGAAGACUGCCAGAGAUCUGACAGAUGAAAUGAGAACAAACUGUGAAUCACUCAAUGGAAACAGAUCAAAUCUGGAGAAACACAUCCUGAAGGCACUGGCAGAAGAGGAGGAUUUUGACAAAUACAUGAACUACAUUGAUAAUCCCAGAGACCACUUCAAGAGUUUCAUCAGAGAUGAAGUCAGUCGGUACAUCACUGAUAAGUUCAGUGUCAGUUUCAGUGUCAAUGUUUUACCCAAGAUGAAGGAGAACAUUAAACUCCUGCAGCAGAAGAUUAUGAAAGCAGCACAUGAAUCUACUGAACAUGUUCAAGUGAACAGAGGAGAUGCUGGUUUGUGGUUGAAGAGUUUCACACAGCAGCUCUCAGAUGAGCUGAUUUUCUCUGAAAAAGACCUCAGUGGAGUCAAACAUGAUGAUGUUGAUGAUUUCAACCUCCUAGAAGAUGUGUUGAGAAACAAACUUCCUGCUAUAAUAUCUGAUAUCAGCAGUAGAUUUAACACAGAGACAUUUCCAGUAAAGUUAGACUGUAAGGACAGACCAGAUGAGCUUCUGACUGAUCACUUCUGUCAGUGUUGUUGGGUUCAGUGUCCAUUCUGUGGAGCCAUCUGCACCAACACCAUAGUAAACCAUGAUGGAGAUCACAGUGUUCCUUACCAUCGUAGUAUUGGUCUGAAUGGAAUAUAUACAUCGAACUUGUCUACUCAUAUCUGCACAUCAGCAGUAGCAAGCAGCAAUCUAUAUUUUUAUCCCAAUGACCCAGAUGAUAAAGUUCUCUGGAGAGAUUACAGAAGAGCAGGAGGAGUUUAUGCAGACUGGAGCAUCACCCCUGAUCUCUCUGAACUGCCCUACUGGAAGUGGUUUGUGUGCAGAUUUCAGAAAGAUCUGGAAAAAUACUACAAAAAAUUUGAGGGUUAUGUUGAGAUACCAGAUGAAUGGAGAAAAUACUCAAAACAGGAAGCUAUUGAAAGUGUGAAUAAAUACCUUUAA